AUGGAACAAAGUUAUUAUAAUCGUAGACGUGCGUUUAUAGAAUCGCAAAUAGUAUUGAUUGAACAUGAUUUUACGCCUUCGGAAAAAUGGUUAUCUAAAGCUCAAAAUGCCAAUGAUAAAAUUCCAUUAACUAUUAUUGAUUCAGUUUUAACAAAAUUGAAUAUGAAUAAUAGAAAACAAUAUAAACAAACUUUUAAUCGGCAAUCCAUUCGUCAAAUUCUUGAGCAACUUCAAUAUCUCUGGGAUCAAAAACGUAAAGAUGCUUUAGAAGGACGUGUUAGAGUUGAAAGACAAGAAAAUUUUGAUGAUUUAAAAUGGAUUGAAUCAUUUCCUGAGGAAUGGCCGCAGAAUUCAAAUUGUGAACUUGAUGAUGAACAAUUAGAAAGGUAUACCCAAUUACGUUCACGUGUCCACAAAAUACAGGAAGAAUAUAUUUCUAUUAGAGAGAAAUAUAAUCAUUACGAGUCUCUUCAAAGCCUUGUCGCUCCCUUAAAUAAGUCAUCAAUCCAGCAAAAUAUAAUCACAAAGAAUGCUCCGGUAAUUAAUGAAAUUAAAAAAAUGAGGGUUCUUGCUGAUGAGUACUUUGCAGAGGAGAUCAGAAUGUCUCAAUAA